AUGUAGCAGAGAAAUUAGUUAGUUUCAAAUAACUUAGAUUUACGCAAUUCUUUCUUUACGCCAGAAACAAAUUUGUGGACCACUAAUAUAAACUUUGUUUCAUAAUAAAAUGCUUUAAUUGUUGUUAAAUAUUUAGGAAAAGUUAAGGAAAAAAAUUUAUAUAUUGGAGCAUAAUACAUAAAAUAUUCAAGAAAUAAAUAUAUCUCCUUUAUUGAGGCAUUUUUAACUAUCUUACGGAAUUCUAACGAUGAAAUAGUAGGAUUUCGAUUGGAGAAAAAUUGCAAUAGAAUUGAGUUAUUCGGAUAAAUAAGUGGUUGGCUGGCUAUCCUUAUGAAAGAAUGUAUAUGUUUAGACUUUGUUUCCAAUUUUCAGAUAGUACGAUUGUUAGGUAGUGGAUCCGCAGCAAAUGUAAGCUAAAUAGGUUUAACUUAGGUUUAUAAAGUGAAAUCAAAGAUUGACAAUCAAGAUUAUGCUAUAAAAGUGUUUGAUAAAUCCUUAUCCUAAAAAGACUCAACAAUCUAAUAAUCAAUAAAAAUGGAAGUAAGGAUUUUAAGAUAAUUAAAUCAUCCAAAUAUCAUAUAAUAUAAGGGAGUUUUUGAAUCAAAUGCUUAGAUCAUCUUAGUGUAAGAACUUUUAGAAGGUGGAGACUUGAAAACUAUAUUGGGAGAUGAGAUAGUUAACGAAGUAGCUGCUAAACAAAUAUUAAGAUCAAUUCUAAAAGGAUUAAACUAUAUGCAUAAUAAAGGCAUAUUUCAUAGGGACAUUAAAAAAUGUAAUUUAAUGUUAAGAACGUAAGAUAACUUUAAUUCUGUAUGUUUAAUUGAUUUCGGACUAGCUGAAAAAGCAAAUGAUGAUAAUAAUUAUAUAUUUAAAUAUUGUGGAACUCCUGGGUGUGUAGCACCAGAGAUUUUGAGAAAACAAAAAUAUGGAUUAAAAGUUGAUAUUUAUAGUGUUGGAAUUUUGGGCUAUCAAAUCUUAUUUGGGAAAGACCCUUAUUAAUCAGGUUCAACAAAAGAAACCAUUCUAAAAAAUUUUCUUGGGCAUAUUGAUUUUUUAAAUGUACCUUAGGUAUCUAAUAAUGGAUUGUGUUUUUUAAAAUCAUUAUUGUAUGAGGAUCCAAUUAAUAGAUUAUCAGCAAAAUAAGCAUUAAAACACCCUUUUUUAUAUAAUGAAGAAAAUUAAUUAAUAGUCAGAAAUUAUCUUGAUUUAAAUAGGAGUAAAGCUGUUUCUCCAAAAUUGAAGCCAUUAAUCUUCAAAAAUUCAAGAAAUUCAUCCCCAAACGGAAGUCCUAAAAUAUUGCCGAAUAAGGUCUAUUUUAGAGCCCAAGCAAGUCCUUUAAGAAAAAAGGAGUAAAUCGACAAAAUUUCAAAUUCUGAAAAUUAUGGAAAAUUAUCGUUAUCAUAGAAUUUUAAAAAUACAUUUAAAAAAAUGAAUACAAAAUGA